AGAGAGCAAUCAGAACGAAAUAACUUCAGAACAGAUUAGUUUCACUAAGAGGUUCCAAACUGUCGAAAUGGCUGUCGGAGGCUUCGCCGUUGAUGCUCCGUCCAACGCCGCCGGCGACGGCAGGAUAACUCUCUCCGUCGUCAUCACCUGCAUCGUUGCCGCAUCUAGUGGUCUCAUUUUUGGAUACGACAUCGGAAUUUCAGGAGGUGUUACGACUAUGCCACCAUUUCUAAAGAAAUUCUUCCCGGCAAUACUGAAGAAGGCUAGCAGUGCUGAAACAAACAUCUAUUGUGUGUAUGAUAGUCAGAUUCUGACCUUGUUCACGUCGUCACUAUACUUAGCCGGCUUGGUUUCGUCUCUCGUGGCGAGUCGGGUGACGGCGGUACUUGGUCGCCGGAACACCAUGAUCUUAGGUGGUUGCACCUUCCUCGCCGGUGGCGCCAUCAACGGAGGUGCUCAAAAUAUUGCUAUGCUCAUAUUGGGUCGUAUAUUGCUUGGCCUUGGGGUCGGUUUCACCAAUCAAGCAGCACCAGUGUACCUAUCAGAGAUAGCUCCGCCAAAAUGGCGUGGUGCGUUCAACACUGGAUUUCAGUUCUUCAUAGCCAUCGGAGCCGUCUUAGCCAACUGCAUCAACUACGCCACUUCCAAGCACCCUUGGGGGUGGCGCGUAUCUCUCGGCCUCGCCGUCGCCCCGGCCGCCAUCAUGACCAUUGGCGCCUUCUUCAUCACCGACACGCCCAGCAGCCUGGUCCAGCGUGGCAAGAUAGACCAGGCCAGGACUGCCCUUCGCAAAGCAAGGGGGUCCACUGCUGACGUGGAAGCUGAGCUGGACGACCUCAUCAAGUGGGCCGAGAAGUCCAAGGCCAUCGAACAAGAGCCAUUUACGACCAUAUUCGAAAGGAAGUAUCGGCCUCACUUGGUGAUGGCCUUUGCCAUCCCAUUCUUCCAGCAGCUCACCGGCAUUAACAUCGUGGGGUUUUAUUCGGCGAAUCUGUUUCAGUCUGUGGGCCUUGGAAACGACGCCGCUUUGCUCUCAACCAUUAUUCUGGGACUCGUUAACCUUGGAUCUAUCACGGUGUCCUCCUUUAUUGUCGAUCGCCUAGGUCGAAGGUUGUUGUUCAUCGAAGGAGGCAUUCAAAUGGUUACUUGUCAGAUCGCGGUGGCAGUGGCGCUGGCACUUGCGGACAGCACACAGCAUCUCCCAAAGGGCAACACAAUAUCAGUGCUGGUUCUCUUAUGCCUCUACGCGGCUGGCUUCGGGUGGUCGUGGGGCCCACUGAGUUGGCUCAUUCCGAGUGAGAUUUUCCCCAUGAAGAUCAGAACCACGGGACAGAGCAUCAGUAUUGCCGUUAACUUCUUGACCAUAUUCGUGUUGUCUCAGACGUUUAUGACGAUGCUGUGUCACUUCCAAUACGGUGCGUUUUUGUUCUACGCGGGUUGGAUCGCCGUGAUGACCAUCUUCAUCGCCCUUUUCUUGCCGGAGACGAAAGGAAUACCGCUGGAGGCUAUGUACGCUGUUUGGGGCAAGCAUUGGUUUUGGCGACGCUUUGUUGUUAAAGAUGAAGUCCAUCAUAAUAAUAAUCUUCCAUGAUCCAUCUCGCACUUGUUAAUUUCUAUGUUUUUUCUUCCUAUUUUCCAGAGAAUUUAUCUUAUGCUGUAAAAUUCCAACUGCAGCUAAAUAUAAUUGUUCUUUAGGUUAUGACAUUAGAAAAAAUUCUGCUA